CUCGUCGUACGACCCAUCGCAGCGCCCAUCAGAAUGCCCAAGGCUACCUCAAAGGGCGACGUGUCCGGCUCCGAGAGCGAGCCCGAGCGCACCCGUUCCGCCAAAAAGUCCGCGUCCGCGUCCUCCAAGAUCGCGUCCAAGGACAAAGGGCGCGUGGACGAGGAUGAUUCCGCCCCCGAGCCUGCGGCCAGUGACGAUGAGGACGGCAGCGACGAGGAGGAGUACGAGAUCGAGGCGAUUCUCGACGCGAAGCACGGCACGUUCCCGGAGGGUCGGAUAGGCUACCUCGUGAAGUGGAAGGGCUACGGGGACGAGCACAACAGCUGGGUGGACGAGAAGGACGCCGAAGGCGCGAAGGUCUUGAUUACUGAGUUUUGGAAGAGAAACAAGAAAGGUGGGCGCAAGCCUGAGCCCGUGAAGCCCAAGCCGGCUGCGAAGACGCGUAAGUCGCCGGUCAAGGACGCAGAUUCCGACGUCGAGGAUCCCCCGGCAAAGAAGCGCGGUCGGCCGUCCAAAGCGGCCACGGCGCCUUCAGAUGAUGAGGCAGAGAGCCUCCCUGUCAAGCAGAAGAAGCCGCGGAAGAGCACUGGCACCGCGGCGGCGAAGGGCCCGCGACGUAAGUCCAACGCGGACGCGAUGGAUGAAGACGUCGAGGCCCCCACCAAGUUCACCGACAUGCACAAAUUGAAGGAAGCCGGAACCUGGGAACACCUCAUUCAGAGCAUCGACACGGUCGAGCGCACCGAGAGCGGGGAGCUUUACGUGUACUUUACUCUGAAAAAUGGCAAGGGACACGGAAGGGAAAACUCUGACCUCUGCAAGAAGAAGAUGCCGUACAAGCUUAUUGAGUUCUACGAGAGCAAUCUCCGCUGGAAGGCGACUGAUGAAGACGAUGUCAUGGAAGAGUGAGCCCGAUCUACCUCCCCCAUCGGGCUGCUCUGUCUCGUUGUACCGCUUCUUUGCUCGACAGUGCUCGCGUCUCUAAAAUGUUCACCUAGUUCCAUUUCUCUGUACACUGUUUGUUACUCCGUUUGUACCUGCUGUCUACGGCCGCUGUCUAAGUCAUACAUAUCAUGUUUUGUCUCGCUGCUCUCAGACCCUGGCCAAAUACGGAUUCCCGACACUCGUCGG